AUGGAGGCUGCGGUGGCAAGCGCCCUGACCAAGGAGGUGGUGCUGAAGCUGGUCACGCUGCUGAGCGAGAGGCACAAGCUGUCCAAGGGCCUCAAGGACGACCUCCGCUUCAUCCACACCGAGCUCCACAUGAUCCUGUGCGACAUGGACGAGCACCUUGGAGAUCCGAGCCACAGCUCACGGCGGCCGCAGGUGGUGUCCAUGGAGGAGAUGCGCGAUCUGGCGCACGACAUCGAGGAUUGCAUCGACCGGUUCCUCCCCUGCGCCGCCUGCGAGGGGGAAGCAGCAGCAGCCUCCGUCCUCCGCCGCAUCAAGAAGGCGGUCACCGGCAACAGAUCCCGGUUCGCGGCGGAGAUCCGGAAGCUCAGGCAGAGGGUCAAGGACGCCCACGAGCGAAGGGUCAACUAUGGCGUCAACGGCGUGAGAUCUGCCGCCGGAGCCGGAGCAGCAGCUCCCCCUGCGGCCACAGACGCGGCCGAGGCCGAUCCUGUGGGCAUCGACAAGCCCAGGCAGGAGCUGGUGGAGCUGCUGCUGGGCAGCGAGCCGGGGCCUCCCAGCGUGAUAUCCAUCGUGGGGUUCGGCGGCUCGGGCAAGACGACGCUCGCCAGGGCGGUGUACUGCUGCCCCGGUGUCGUCCAGAGAUUCCCUGCCCGUGCCUGGGCCGCGGGGUCCGAGCACACGGACGCCGGCGGGCUCCUGACGGCCAUACUCCGGCAGCUCCACCACACCGCCCAUGUGCCACAGGACCAAGAUUCCAUCAAUAAUUUCCUGGGGACUACAGAGUGCUUAAUUGUAAUUGAUGACAUCAACAAGCAACACUGGGAUGCCGUAAGAGCUACCUUACAUGGGGAAACAAAAAGCAGAAUCAUUGUAACCACGGCUCUGCACUCAGUAGCUAAUGCUUGCAGCUCAGGGAUUGGUUAUGUUUACAAGAUGAGAGUUCUUGAUGCAGAACUCUCCAGGGUUUUGCUUAGGAAGAAGGUAUUCUUUGGAGGAUGUUCACCUGAACUGGAGCGAGGUUCGACAGCAAUUGUGGACAAGUGCGACGGCCUCCCACUUGCUCUUGUUAGCGUGGCCAGAUUUCUGCUAGGCAAGAAUGAGCUCACAGGAAGACACUGUGCGGAGGUUUGCCGCAACCUCGGGCUUCAUAUGGAGAAGGAUGCAGACUUCACAAAACUGCAACAGGUUCUUGUAAAUAACUACAGAAGCCUGUCUGACUAUCCUCUCAAGACCUCCCUGCUAUACACAAGUGUAUUUCCAAACGGUCAUCCAAUCAGGAAGAAUACAUUAAUCAGGCGAUGGUUAGCAGAAGGGUAUGUGCAGUGUAGGUACAAGCGCAGUGACCUGGAGGUAGCAGACGUAAACUUCCAGAAGCUUAUCGACCGGAAUAUCAUUCGGCCGAUCAAUGGUAGCAACAACACAAAAGUGAAGACGUGCAAAACUCAUGGUAUUAUGCACGAGUUCAUGCUGCACAAGUCUAUGUCUGAUAACUUCAUCGCGUCUCUUCAUGAUCAAAAUCGAAGCAAAUUCCGUCACCUCUUCAUCCAGAACCCUGCAAGUGGCAGCACAUUGGGCUUGAACCACCAGCAUACAAGUCCAGCAAGCGACAACGUAUCUGAUAGCAGUGAAAAAUUCCGUGCCCGGUCUCUGACAAUCUUCGGGAAUAUGGGAGAAGCUGCUGCUGAGUUUUGCAGGUGUGAGCUGCUGCGUGUGUUGGAUCUGGAAGAAUGUGACGAUUUGGAGGACGGGCAUCUCAAGGACAUACAUAAGUUGUGGCAUCUGAAAUAUCUGAGCCUUGGGGGUACUAUCAGCAACCUUCCAAGGAAUAUUCAGAAGUUACACUGUUUGGAGACACUGGACCUUAGGAAGACAAAGAUAGAGAUAUUGCCUGUGGAAGUCAUUGGGUUGCCUCACCUAGCUCACCUUUUUGGAAAGUUUAAGCUUGGGAAGGACUUGAAACUGGGUGAACUAGAGAAGUUCUUACCCAAGAAAAGCAAGUUGCAGACCCUAGCAGGAUUUGUUGCAGACGAGAAUCCUGGAUUUCUACAACUCAUGUCUCAUAUGAAAGAAUUGAAAAAGGUUAAGAUAUGGUGUUGUGGGUCCACUGAUGCAAACAAUGAGAGCAUGCCUCACAUUUCGGAGGCAGUUCAGAAGUUUGCUCAGGAUGGUAUGGACACGGCAGACGUCCGUUCUCUGUCACUUGAUUUUGGAAACUCCUUGGGGGACUUCUUCGGUUCUAUACAAGAAUAUUGCUUCCUCAGCUCGCUGAAACUGCGUGGCAGGCUGACUCGACUGCCUCAGUUUGUUACAUCCCUGUGUGGCCUUACAGAGCUAUGCCUUUCAUCAACUAAUCUGAUGGGGAAUGAUCUAUCAAACCUGUGUAUGAUGCCCUGCUUGCUUUAUCUCAGACUGGUUGAAGCUGACCUUAGUGGCUUCAUCAUAAAAGAUAGGGGUUUCCCAAGCCUGUUAAGCUUAUGCCUUAUUGUGCAAAUACCCGUCCUGCCUGCAAUUGGAGUAGGAGCUUUGCCGUGUGUCGUCUCACUUCAGCUGCUCUGUAAAGAUCUUGUUGAUCUUUCAGGCAUCAAGAUCGAACAGCAUCACUGUCUGCAGGAAGUUGCUCUGGAUUCUAUGAUCAGUACCAAAACAGUAGAAAUGUGGGAAACUGCAGUGAAGAAGCAUCCCAAGAGACCAAAAGUUCUGUUUCUCAAAAGGAUUGAUCCAAGCGAAACCAAGUCCACUGUGAAAUAUGUGGCGACAGACGGACCAAUACGUGAGAAGGCAUCCUCCAUUGAGUUCAAUCAAGUUCAGUUAACGCAGAAUAUGUUGCAGAACGAAUGCAUAAUCAGUUUAGAUCAAUCCAGUUCAAUGAGCAAACUCAAUUCAGCUAUGAAGAAAAUAAUAGUUUCAGAACCCCCUCCGGCUGCACCCGAGCUGUCCAGUGCUGGGAACAGUGUGAUGCCUCCUUCUGCAAGCAUAUGCUAA